CCACCCGCGUCAGAUUACUCAGAGAGAGAGAGAGAGAGAGAGCGAGAGAGAGAGAGAUUUUCAAUUCCAAAAAGAAGACACAAGGCUCACACUAGCUGCUCGCACAUAACUGAAAGGUGCAAACUUGUGAAAAAGAAGAAGAAAAGUGGCUUUAAUCAUGGAAGGGAUAAAGUUCGGACCCGUGUGGCUUGAGUGCACCUUGCUGCUUCUCUGCGCUUUCCAACUGUGCCAGGCGUCAGUGACGGUCAAUGUGGCUCCAAAAGUGGAGGUGUUGAAAGACAUGACAGCCACGCUGCCAUGCACGUACACCGUGUCACCGUCGUCCAGCAACACCCUUGUAGAGUGGCACAUCGAGAUGCAGGGAAACAGGAAGCGCGUGGCUUACCGCACGCAGGACGGUGAAUCUAAAAGCGACAAGGGCACCCCACUGAGCGGCCGCGUCAGCAUUGGCGACGACUUCAGCUUGACCAUCACAUCGGUCCAGCCCACCGAUGGCCUUGUCUUCUUCUGUUCAGUCACUGCCGGACCCGCUGGCAAUGGAGAAGCCUCCACAAUGCUCAAAGUCUUCUUUCCUCCAGAGAAGCCCACCCUCACACAGGCAUCUACCCAAGCCAUUUCUGUGGGACAGUCAAGCAGCUCAGAGAUUGGUACAUGUGUGACAAUGAAUGGACACCCGCAACCAAGGAUCAUCUGGUUUAAAGAUGGUCAGCCCCUUGCCGAGGUCAAGGACAGGAAAGAAAAGACCUUCAUGGUGCCCUCUCUGGUGAAGGAAGCAUCAGGCUUGUUCACAAUCAAGAGCACUCUGUACAUGCAACCCACCAAAGCCGACAAGGACUCGGUGUUCCAGUGCACAGUCGAGUACAGCCUGCCAGGAGACCAGAUCUUGCAAAAGAAGUCUGACACGAUCAACCUUAACCUGAACUACCCCUCGGAGACAGCGACGUUUACCCUGCUCAACAAAGGCGGUAUCAAAGAAGGCGACGAAGUCACUAUGAAGUGCGAGACCGAUGGAAACCCACAGCCCGAGUUUGACUUCACCAAAGAUGGCAAGCCCAUCAACGGCCAAGGUGGCCUAUUAAUAUUGAAAUCUGCCAAGCGCACUGAUGCUGGUCUUUACACAUGCAAGGCCAUUGAUUUCGACAACCUCGAUGCCGAACUGACGGGCGAUGUUACUCUCACUGUGAACUACAUUGAUCCAAUGAGUGUGACUCCGGUGAAGCCUCAGGUUGUCAUGUUUGGAGACAGUGUGGAGUGGCAAUGCAAGACUAAAGCUUCUGCCCCACAUACAGUGCAAUGGAAAAAGGGUUCAGAGGUUCUCUCUCAGGAUGGGACCCUGUCGAUAACAGCUGACACCUACGAAAAAGACGGAGAGUACAUGUGUGUCGGUGCCGUGCCGUCUGUGCCAGGACUGACAGGCCAGGCUAGCGCUGUCCUCACUAUCAAAGGGAAACCUAUGAUCGAGACACCAGUUGGUGGUGAGGUGUCCAAGGAAGGAGAUUCAGUAUCCCUGAGGUGCUCCGCCUACGGUUCACCCGCACCUCAGUUUACCUGGAAGCCCUCAGGAAAACAGUCAGUGACAGUGGAGGGCAACAAGGUGGUGAGCACCAUCAUCAUGCCGGCCACUGCGGCCAUAAUGAAGGAUGGCGUGACCUGCGAGGUGGCCAAUGAACACGGCACAGAUAGCAAGACUUUCACCGUAUCGCUCAAAAGAGCUAAUGAAAACUCCGCCAACAGAGUGCUGCUCUCUGGAAACCCUAUGCUUGAGUCAGCUGACCAGCAGCAGGGCGGUUCCAGUGGAGUUGUGAUAGCUGUGGUGGUGUGCGUGCUGCUGCUCCUACUGCUGGUGGCCCUUAUUUACUUCCUGAACAAGAGGAGCAAGCUUCCCUGUGGCAAGAAAGACAAGAAGGAAGUGGCCAACAGAGAUGUAAACAAUGACAUUGUAGUGGAGAUGAAGACGGACAAGGCCAAUGAAGAGGCUGGUCUUCUCAACAAGAGACCGCCCGCAGAACAGUGAUGGAAGAAAAUCGGCAGAGGGACCAAGGGAAGAGCGCUCGCUCGGCAGUUAUGAAGAAAAAAACAGGACUGAUUUGUAUUUUACUAUGCUUUGAAAAGAGGUGUGAGGUGAGGUGGGCCAAACCCCUACCCGUAAGUGCUACAUCACUGAAAGACGCUUUUAACAACUUAUUACUUCUUUGGGAUUUGACUUCCUGGCAGAGUACUGCAAAAGUGUGCCUCAAAAACAGAUGAUUUGAAAGAAAAAGAAAUUCGAAUUAAUCCCAAAUUAAAAAUCAUUAUGCCCCUUUGACCUUGUGCAUUCAAGUUUCACACUACGACUCUGCUUUGGUGUCUGCACUUAAAUCCAAUCAUUUUCUUAUGUGUGUGAAAUUUGGGGACGCUUGUUUUUUCCCACCUGUCUGCUUUUAAAUCCAGCACCCCAUGUUACAUUUCGGCAUCUUGUAUACAGUAUGUACGCUAGACUGUAUGGUCUAAGGUAUUAGAACAACUGACUGAGGCUGGAUUCACACUAUGUAUUCCAGUGCCCAAUUCUGAUUUGAUGCGAUUUCCAAUAUUUUUGGACUGUCUGACUCCACUUACAUUUCAGACAGACAUAAAAAAAAAAAAAAAUUCCUGUAACUGAAUUAAGUCAAUAAUUAAUAAUUCAAAUGUGAAACUUUCAGCAUGUACUUGCUGACUCAUUUCACUAUUGAUUCAAAAGAAGGUUGUAACCUUGACAUCACUCUCCUGAUCGCCACCUGCAAUUUUUUUUUUUUUUUUUUUUUUUUUAGUGUGGACACACCGUUAAUAUAGCAUUUUUUUUAAGACUAUAUUUUUAUGUCUAGUCUAUUGGUGUACUUUAGAUUUUCAGCGGGGCUUUAUUUAUUUAUUUUUUUUGGUAGUAUUUGGUCAGACACGGGUGUGUGCAUACGUGACUGAUCCGUGUAUUUCGAUGACAUCAAUUACAUUGGCAGAUAAUCCGUAUGCAUCAUUUUUUAAAAAUCCAUAUGACCAUAACAAGAAGAGCUCUAAUUUCAGGAUGAAUAUUUUAAAUUGUCAUAAAAGUGCCACUUGAGAACAAAAAAUCUGAAUUCUGUCACUUGAAUCGUGCAGUGUAAAUCCAGUCUAAACUUGUAAGAAAAUGUCGUGUUUUUUUUUUUUUUUUUUUUUUUUUUUUUUGUGUAGCAUGGAUUGUGUUAGGAAGACGCUUUACAAAGGGGUGGGUAUUAAAUUAGAGGUUGUGUUCAAACCACAAGAUUCCAGGCCAAAUCUAACUUUAAAAUCAAACUGGAUGAUGGGAUCAGUCAAAAUUUGCACCCAAAUGUUUAACAAAGACGCAACAUUUUGGAAUUGUUUGUCCUUGUAUGAUUGGAUCCAAUUUGACAGCAUGUAGACAAUGAUCUCUAGGGCAGGUUUGUCUUCAAGACUUUGGAAAAUAGCCACUAGACACCAAAAUGUAGGACUUUCCUUUCUUCUUCUGGCCUUUCUUACAGGGAAGUAUUUGUAGAUUACCUUUUAAACUGGCUUCCAAGAAAACCACAUCAAAACGAUCAUUUAUUUGGCAUAGAAUUCUCAUGGGAGAUCCCUCUAGAUUUUUUGUAGAAUGAUUCCUCACUAUUAUUUUACUAUAUUUAUUUUUUCCGGGGGUCAAGGGCCAGGUGAGCCAUUUGCAGCACACAAGCAGCACAUUUAUAGAUGUAUAAUUUAGGUACGUCCAUUUUACCCUCUUUUUUUAAAACUGUAAAUCCAAAACUGAUCACUGAAGGGUCUGAGCUGUGGCCAUUAUCUUAGCAGGAUCAAAUAAUUUAAAAGCCCAAUUUUAGUCAAUAAGAGGUGAAAUUGCAGGUGUGAAAGGGUGGAUGAUGUUGGGGACAAUCAUGGAUCACUUGAGCAGUGGUUUGAGGUGCUUAGGCCCGUCAGUUUGAUGAAGGGAAAGGGUGAAAUGUCUUUUUUUUUUUUUACCUGUUUACCAUUUACUAUAAAAUG